AUGAUUGGAAAGAUUUGCGGACUUAAUGACUUGGCAAGCGUUCCAGUAGUAGGAGAAAAGAUGGCAACGGCUCGGCCUAUUGCUACGUUGGCUUGGUAUUGUUGUUAUGGUUUAGAAAAUGUAAAACUUGCGGAGAUGAUAAAGAAAUUGGGUCAAUAUUUAAAACAGAAUGCCAUCGCUGUAAUAAAAAGAAUGGCAAAAAAGGCAAGAAUAUUUUUUAAAAUGGGUAGCACAAAUAAUAUAAAAGAAACGAAUAUCGGGCAUGCUCUAAUUGCGGUUGAGUUUGAUACUUCCAAUGAUGUAAAGUUAGAAGAUAAUAAGGUUAAACAGGUCAAAGUUUUUAAAGAUAAGGUUGGGACUUAUGGCGGUGUUUCGCAAGAAGAAAUCUGA